UUGAAGGAGAUGGAGGAGGAAGCAGCUGCUCUUCGCGAAAUGCAAGCCAAGGUAGAAAAGGAAAUGGGCGCCGUUCAAGAUCCUGCUGGUUCGGCUGUAAGUCAAGAAAGCAAAGAAGAGGCAGAUUCGCGAUCUGUAUUUGUUGGCAACGGUCAUUCAUUUUACCCGAAGUUCUCAGUAUUUGCUCUGGGAUGAUUGCAAUAUAAUUCUAUUAGGAAAAUUACUUAUUGUGUCAUUAAGAUUGUAUUCAAGCAGUAAAAGAAAGAAAAUUUAUGUGUGUUUGAAACAAAUUGAAGGAAAAAAAGAUCAAAAUAAAAGAAAAGAAGUUUCUCUUGUUUACAGAAAAGAGAAAAAAGAAAAAGAAAGAGAAAGAGAAAAAGAAAUAUUAAAAAAAAGAGAGUAUAAGAUGGAAAAGAAACCUUUAUAAUUGAUAGGGGGAAACUGAGUGACCGAAAAAAGGAAGAGGAAAAGGAAUGUGAAGAUUGGGAAAACGACAUUGGUCGAUUUAGUUCAUUUGAUCCAAAAAAGUAUACAUUAUUGUGAACUUAGGUAAGGAUGGAUGGAAAUGUGAACUAAAGAAGCUUCAACUUCAAUUCAUGAGGGCAUGAUCACGUCAAUGGAGACAAAUCAUUUGCAUGCAAUGUUAGUUGCAGAGCAUUGUUGCUGCUGGGAAUGAUGGUAAUGGUAACUUUUGCUUCAUAAAUGAGGGCUAUUUAACUGUCCUUAUGGGGGUACAUAAUUUUUCUUUUCUUGUGGCUUUGAUAUCGAUAUCUUGGUUCUAUUAUCUCCCUCACAGGUAUUGCGUGCUGAAAAUUUGUCACUGGCUGAAAAUUUGUCACUGGCAACUAUCUAUCCUCAGUAGAUCAGUUUCUGUUCCUUGAAUAGCUUUAGCACAAUUUAUUUUUCCCCUUCCUUUUAAUUUUAUUUUGCGAGGCUUUACCUUCUUAGUGCCUUGUACUUUAAGAGUAUCUGGCUUUUGUCUGUGCUUCAAAUGAGUAGCCUAUCUAUGCGCAGAAGAGAUAUUGAGUAUUCAUUUAUGGCACUUAGCAGCAGUCCUUCAUGUGGUUUAGGACGUAUGGCAGUUACCAAUGAGUGAUUUCCUCGACUUUAGUGUCAAUUAAAUCACAACUUGAGGUGGUGGAGAGUUUUCAGUAGUAGUUAGGAUAUUUUUAUGAUAUAUGGAGAUGGGAGAUGAGAAUUGCUCAUAAAGUUUAUCAUAUCCGAAAGAGAUAUGCUUGGUGCAAAUGAACUAUGUAUUUCUAGAAGUGGACACUGGACAGUGCUUGAGGGGAAGUGCUAAUUACUAGACAUACACUAAAAUUAACUUUCAUAAAUCAUAAUAUCACUACACAUUUAUGGAUGACAGACAAGUCACAGGCAGAUGUUAAAAUGUUGAUUGCUUAAGUUUUUGUCUUAGUUGCCUUCUUUUCAAGUGGCCAAAUAAUAGAGUUGGGAUUGGCAUGAGUCAUGAUGCAUACGGAAAUAUAUUUUUUUAAAAAAAUGUUUGACAUGACCAUCGAUUACUGAUGUUGGAGUAAAUAUCCUACACCGAUUCCGUAACUUUUCUGUUGCUCUAGGAGCAGUUCACAAAGAUUGGUUCAUCUUCUUUUCUAGUUUUUAACUUUUAAGAUAAAGGAUCACAUAGUCCAUCAGGUUAAAGGAGAAUCAAUCAACGUGUUUGAGCUGUUUAUUAGUUUUGAGUGCAAUAAAAUAUUCAUACUUUUUAAGUUGGUCCUCUUUGGUAUUAUACUGCUAUUGUUUCCAUGCUUUGCUUAUGAUUUAGUUUGUGUUUGAUUAAAUAACAUUUAAGAUGGAAUUGGACUUGCAGGUUGAUUAUGCGUGUACACCUGAAGAAGUGCAGCAGCAUUUCCAAUCUUGUGGUACUGUCAACAGGGUUACUAUUCUCACGGAUAAAUUUGGUCAUCCCAAGGGCUUUGCUUAUGUGGAGUUUGUUGAAGCCGAAGCUGUUCAGGAGGCACUUCUUUUAAACGAGACAGAGUUGCAUGGAAGACAAUUGAAGGUUCAACAAAAGCGAACAAAUGUUCCCGGUAUGAAGCAGUAUUUUCCCCAGCGUUACAAUCCUUACAUGGGCUAUCGAUCCAGGAGGCCUUACGUGCCCCCUUAUUUUUACUCACCAUAUGGAGGAUAUGGGAAAACACCCCGGUUCCGAAGGCCCAUGCGAUACAUGCCAUACUACUAGGAGGGGCUUUGCCCAUAAUUCAAUUACGUUGUGAUACUAUAUGUACGUAUUGUACGAUUUUACUGUGGUUUAGAGCCAAUAGAACUAUGGAUUUGAUUAUCUUCAGCUUUUUUUUGUUGCAAUUACAUCAAACGAUCUAAUGUAAGAGAGAUGAUAAUAGUUCAUCAGGAACCUAUUUAUCA